UCAGAUUUCAUUUGAGAGAGAAAUCACCAUGGUUGAUGCAGCUCUAAUAAGAGGUUUGCUUUCAAACUUGGUACCUCUGAUUAAGGAUGAAUUCUCAUUGUUUUGGAGUUUUAAGAAGGAGGUUCAAAAGCUAUCGAGCACGCUUUCUUCAAUUUGUGUCGUACUUGAGGAUGCAGAGAGAAAGAAUGUGCAGGACAAGGACAAACAAACGGAAGAUUGGCUGCGGAAACUCAAAGAUGUGGCGUAUGAGGUUCGAGUCAUCAUGGAAGACUGCACCUUUGAAGAUCUUCGUCUUCAAGUCAACAUGCGUAACUCUUCAACCCGGAUCAAGGUAACCAACUCAAUAAUCCAUCCUUUUAGCAGUACUUGGACACGUCUAAAAGUUGGUCACAAAAUUAAGGAUGUUCAAGAGAAGCUAGACCAAAUUUCUUCAGAGCGCCAAAAGUUACAUUUGCGUGAAUCUAUUCGUGACUCAAAAGUAGACAAGUUCACUAGUAGUUGGCGUGAAACCAUGUCUCUUUCUAGUUGUAAUCAAGUAUAUGGGAGAGAUAAGGAGAAGAAACAGAUUAUUGAUAUUCUAGUCAAUAAUACAUCUAUGGCUUGUGUUGAUAAAAAACUAUCUGUUUUUCCCAUUGUUGGAAUUGGGGGUCUUGGUAAAACAACACUUGCUCAAAUGGUCUUCAACGAUGAGGAGAUUUCUAAGCAUUUUGAAACCAAAAUAUGGGUUUGUGUUUCUGAAGAAUUUGAUAUUAAAUUGGUGAUCAAAUCCAUCAUAGGAGCAACAAAUGAAACUUCCUUAGAGAUAUUGCAGAAAAUGAUUCAAGAUAGAUUGAAAGGGAAAAGAUAUUUGAUUGUAUUGGAUGAUGUUUGGAAUGAAAAUGUUGAUGCAUGGGAUCAGUUGAGAUCUAUAUUAGAUUGUGGGUCAAAUGGUGCGUUCGUUCUUAUCACGACACGUAAAAGAAAUGUGGCAAGAAUCAUGGAAACGAUUCAACAUUUUCAGUUAUCAUUACUCUCUAACGAUGAUUGUUGGCUACUCUUUGAAGAGCGUGCAUUUAUGUGUGGAACACCAAAAACUCCAAACUUUGUUGAUAUUGGAAAAGAAAUAGCAAUAAAAUGUAAAGGUGUUCCCUUAGUUGCCAAAACAUUGGGAAGUCAAUUGGGUUUCAAGAGUGACGUGAAUGAAUGGUGUGAAAUAAGAGAUAGUGAGAUAUGGGAGAUGUCUCAAAAUAAAGAUUUCGAUCUCUUAUCUAUUCUAAGGUUGAGUUACUAUGACCUCCCUUAUCAUUUGAGAAGAUGUUUUGUGUUUUGUGCUAUAUUUCCCAAAGAUACUAUAAUUGAAAAGGAGAGAAUAAUUCAAUUGUGGAUAGCCCAUGAUUUAAUUCAUACGGUUAAAAAUCAAGCAGUUGAAGAUAUUGGGAAUACAAUUUGGAAGGAGUUGUGUUGGAGAUCCUUUUUUCAAGACGAGAAAUUAGAUUGGUCUGGACUUCAUGAAAUAUGUAAGAUGCACGAUCUUAUGCACGAUCUUGCCCAAUCUGUUAUAAAAGAUGAAUGUUAUACGUUGGAUGCUAAUAGCUCUCGUCAUGUAUCAGUAAAGGUUGAGGAAUUUGUCAAAACAUCAGUUCCUUCUCUUAAGAAAUUUGGAGGGUUGCAAUCAAUAAUGCUUUAUGAAAAUGUCUCAAAGGAAAUAUUGAGUGUCUUGAAGGAACUUCCGGCUUUACGUGUCCUUGAAGGCAAUGUACAAUAUCAAGAUUUGCGUUACGUGGGAAGUCUAAAAUAUCUUAGAUACUUGUGCAUUAUCAAUAGUGAGAUAAUAACAUUGCCUAAUAGUAUUUGUGAUCUCUUGAACUUACAGACUUUAAACCUCAAUCAUUGUCCUAAGCUUAAAAGUUUGCCGAGAAAUACAAGGGACCUUAUUAACUUGAGACAUCUUCAUUUGGCGAGUUGUUAUGCAUUAAAGUAUAUGCCUAAAGGGAUGGGGCAAUUGAAGCAUCUCAAGACGUUAAGCUUGUUUGUGAUAGGCAAAAAAGAGAGAGGCUGUCAACUAGAUGAAUUAAAAGAAUUGGAUAUCCGUGGAUCAUUGAAAAUGAUGAACCUUGGAAGAGUUAGUGAUGCAUCUAUUGCAAGAGGUGUAAGUAUGGCUAAAAUGUCGAGUAUCAAAAAGCUGGAGUUGUUUUGGAGAUCUAACGAUGAAGUUGAUGAUAAUGAGAGCAAGAGUACUAGAGAUGAGAAAAUUGGUGAAGCUCUAGAGGUUUCAUCUGCAAGGCUGAAGAUAUUGGGAAUGAGUGGUUACAAAGGUGUGAAUCUCCCUAAAUGGGUGGGAAAAUCACAUCCUUCUCUAACACGCCUUGAGCUUUGGGACUUGGACAUUGUGAGUAUUAUUGCUAGUAGUAGCAAUGACAAUGAAAUGAUAGCACUAUUCCCUUUGUUAGAGCAACUUUCAAUUAGUAAGAUGAUGAAUUUGAGUGAAUUGGUGUCAUCUAGCUGUUGGAGUACUGGAGCAUUUCCUAAUCUAUGCACGCUGUAUAUAUCUGAUUGUCCAAAUCUAGGGAGAUUGCCGACUCAUCUCAAAGCACUCAAACAUGUAACCCUUGAAGGUGAAUGUUCGGAUGAAUUGUUAUAUAGCAUCGGGAAUCUUACUCACACUCAUCUCAGACUAAUUGGAUUAAAUAAUGAUUUGGAGCACAUAUUCACAGUCAACAACAUGAAUGGAAAUGAAGUAGUGUUAUUCUCUUCAUUAGAGGAACUUUUCAUCAGUAAGAUGAUGAAUUUGAGGAAUUUGGUGUCUCCUACUAUUCUUAGUCUCGGAGCAUUCCCUAAUUUAUGCAAGAUUGAGAUACGUUGCUGCCCAAAGCUAGGGGCCUUGCCACCGCAUCUCAAAGCACUCAAAGAUGUAAGUGUUUGGGGUGAAUGUUCGGAUGAGUUGUUAUAUAGCAUCUCAAACCUUAGUGCUCUCACUCAGCUCCAUUUACAGGAUAUGGAAGAAAGAAGUGUUUUAUUCUCAGCUGGUAAUGAGAUACCAACCUUUGCGGACAAUAAUAAUGAAGCAAUAUUAGUAGGAGUAUGCUCAACUUUCCAAUCUCUUCAAUCCCUGUCUAUUUGGCACUGCUACAAGUUAAGGAGUUUGUUUGAUGAGGGAAUGAUAAUGCAAGAGACAUUAAAGUUUAGUGCCUGCCAGAACCAACAAAAACAUCAUCAUCUUCUCCAAGGACAAACAAAAAGAACAAGAGGUCUCAUUAACUCUCUCACGGAAUUGGAUAUUCGUUAUUGCCCGGAGUUGAUGAUAUCACUUGAGGAAUUUGAAAAUCUCAAUAUUAAUAAUUCACUACAGAGAUUGUGUUUAAGACGUUGUACUAAGUUGGUGUCUUCAGAAGAAGCGGACGAUUUUAUCACACUCCUACGUUCCCUUCGAACAAGACUUGGUCGUGAGAAGUUCAGAAUAGAUACUCUAUUGGAAGAGGAAGAGCAGAGCAUAGUGGCCAUAUAAGAAAAUUUGGUGUUGUCCUAAGUUGGUGACUUCAGAAGAAGCGGAAGAUUUUAAGGCAUUCCUACGUUCCCUUCGAACCAGACUUGGUCGUGAGAAGUUCAGAGUAGAUAUUCUAUUGGAAAAGGAAGAGGAAGAGAAAGAGCAGAGCAUAGUUGCCAUAUAAGAAAAUUUGGAAAAUUCAGGAAUCUUCUGCUGGUAGAAAGUGGAGAACUUAUUGUUGAUGCAUCAAACUAUGAAUAAUCGAGACAGAUAAGCCAAAUAUUGUAUAAAAGGAUUUGAUCUAAUUUUCUUUGCAC